ACGGUUUCCGGCUUCGCUCUGUUUCCAUGGCGGAACUGAGAGCUGCUGUCACUCACGGUGUCCGUUACGACUGUAAAUAAAACACAAAUACUGUCAUUUACACUGAUUUCACUCCGCUUACCACAAGAUCAACAUUGAGGCUUCGGCUUCAGCAGCCUUGGAGCGCCAGCCAUGGCGUCUCUGUCCGAGGAGGUGUUGUUGGUGGUGAAGAGGGUCCGUCAGAGGAAGCAGGACGGGACUCUGUAUCUGAUGGCUGAGCGGAUCGCCUGGGGUCCGGAAGGGAAGGACCGCUUCACUGUCAGCCACCUGUAUGCCGACAUCCGCUGUCAGAAGAUCAGUCCUGAUGGUAAGGCGAAGAUCCAGCUUCAGUUGGUUCUGCACACGGGAGAAAGCACCACCUUUCAUUUCGCCAAUGAGAGCACAGCACUGAAGGACAGAGACGCCACCAAAGAACUCCUGCAGCAGCUCCUGCCCAAGUUCAAGAAGAAAGCCAAUAAAGAGCUGGAGGAGAAGAACAGGAUGUUGCAGGAAGAUCCUGUUCUGUUCCAGCUCUAUAAGGACUUAGUAGUGAGUCAGGUGAUCAGUGCUGAGGAGUUCUGGGCCAAUCGGCUGAGCCUGAAUUCUGUGGAGCACUCCCUCUCCAACAACAACAAACAGGAAGUGGGCAUUUCUGCUGCCUUCCUGGCCGACAUCAGACCGCAGACAGAUGGCUGCAACGGCCUGCGCUACAAUCUGACCACAGACAUCAUUGAGUCGAUCUUCAGAACUUACCCUACAGUCAAGCAGAAAUACGCUGAGAAUGUUCCUCACAACAUGACGGAGAAGGAGUUCUGGACGCGGUUCUUUCAGUCUCAUUACUUCCACAGAGACCGGAUCAACACAGGCCUGCAGGACAUCUUCUCAGAGUGUGCCAAAGAGGACGAGAAGGGCCUGAAAUCAAUGGUGACCCAGGGAGUGAAGAACCCCAUGGUGGAUCUGCUUUCUCUCGAGGAUAAAACAUUAGAUGAGGGUUACGGCACAGCUACAGUUCCCACUACAUCAAACUCAUCAAACAAAUCACUGAGAGAGAACAGCAACUCUGCCAUAAUCAAACGCUUCAACCACCACAGUGCCAUGGUGAGCAAAGCAUACACCCCUUUAGAUCGACACCAGAUUCUUACUUCUCUUUUUGUGGCUUUUCAGGUAAAAUUACAGGAAGCCAUAGAGUAUGAUGACCUGCAGGGUGACUCUGGGCGUAAGACCAUCUCAUUGAACCUGAAGAAAUCAGACAGAUAUUCCCACGGCCCGAUUCCUCUUCAGUCGCAGCAUUACUCCACCAGUCAGGACAUUAUCAACUCCAUCAGCAUUAUCCAGCACGAGAUGAGGAGCUAUAAACCCCGUCUGACGCAGGUGAUGUCCAGCAGUGCGGCGAGCUCCGCCAUCACAGCGCUGUCACCUGGAGGGGUUCUGAUGCAGGGCGGAGGCCAACAGACCAUUAACCAAUUAGUGCCCACUGAUGUUCAGAGCGAGCUGAAGCACUUAUAUACAGCCGCCGGAGAGCUGCUCCGACACUUCUGGUCAUGUUUCCCCGUCAGCACUCCCUUCCUGGAGGAAAAGGUGGUAAAGAUGAAAUCUAACCUGGAGAAAUUCCAGGUGAUGAAGCUCCGCCCCUUUCAAGAGAAGAUCCAACGGCAGUAUUUGAGCACUAGUCUAACGGGUCACCUGGAGGAAAUGCUUCAGGCUGCGUACAACAAGUUCCAAGCCUGGCAGAUGCGCAGAAUGAUGAGAAAAACCUGAGGAGACGGAGCGAAAGCCAUGAAAGAGAGAAAAGACUGAAUUGAAAGAAAAUGGGAGAAGAACAGAGACACUCUCUCCCAGCUUGGGCCGACUGGAGCCUGAUGGGUGGAUUUUCCAGCCAAUCAGAGCUGGAGGUGCUAGUGAGCACGUCUGUCUGGGGGAGGGGCUUGGAGAAGCAAAUUCUGUAAUCCUAUUGGUCCAUGUGGAGAUGGGUUGUGCCAGUCACAAAUAACUAAUUAUUUUCUUCUCUCUUUACUUUGUUUGUUCAAUUCCGUUCCAUUUUUUGCCUUUCCCAUUAUUUUUUUUUUUUUUCUCAGUGGAUAAUUUCAUUUCCUAGGUAAGAUGUGAAAUUUUAACAGUGUUGUAUUUCUACAAUGACCAAACUGGGCUCAAUAAUAUCGGUGGAAACUCAGGAACUUAUCAUGUUUAAUGCAAAGGACUCCGUUUGAGGGAAAAGCUUUUAAGUCAGUGAUAAGGAGGACCCUUUACAAAUCGGAUAUUGCAAUCCAGUUCAACCCUCCCGAGACUUGAGGCUGAUUGGAAAACAGUUGCUCAAGACACGCCAAUGGGAGCGGAUAUAGCAAUACUGUUAAUAAAUAAAUCAUUUCUAUGUAGUGCAUUAAACUGAUCUGUGUGUCACGAACACGCGCACACGCUCAUCCGCGCUGCUUAGUAAUGCGUCUUCUCUAGCUGCACUGAGUUGUGGAUGUUAUUGUAAAUAAAGUCAAGAUUUAAACUGUUAAACUGGUCUCGUGUGUUACAUUAAAAGAGCUUCCUCAUAGUACUCCGUUACCCAAGCGUACAUGCAGUGAGGAAGCUGUUAUUCAUUGUUCCGUUUCAAAUUCAUAUC